GUACUUGUGAACUUUGGACUGCAUUGUUCUAUGAUUGCAGAAGGCAAAACCAAGUUAUUCAAAUACUAGAAAUCGAAACUGAGAGAAGCAACUUCGGGAAAAGGAUGAAUGAGUGAGUUUUGACAUCUACCCAGUCCCAUGGCGUCUGCCCUAAGCCAUCUCUCUCCAAUGUCUGUAAGAGUGAGAGAAGGAUGGAGUGAUAAUGGAAGAGGAGAGGAGCAGGUGGAGGAUGAAUUUGCGUGUUCCGGAGUGCUACGCGGUGCCCUGUGGUCCUUCCAUCCCUCAGUGGAGAGGAUAUUUGGGGUGUCCUUUACGAUCGGUAGAGAGGAGGAUGCUGUGUUACCCCAUGAUGGACAGAUCUGGCUCAAACUAAAAGGAGUGAGGAAGGACGCAGUGGCUGCCAAAUUGUUUGUGAAGGGAGUUGUGAACCAGGAGGCCCAGCAGGAGGUUCCAUAUCCAGGUGUCCUUCACUGUGUGUUCUGUGGAGCCCGAGGGCUGUUCAUGGAGUGCCUGAUCAGAAACACCUCUGCUUACAUACUGGUGGGUUCCCCAGGCUUCCUACUCAUCUCAGGACUGGCAGAACCAGUGGUCAGGGCCUAUUCCCUCAUCACAGACCUGGUGAAGAACUACGAGGUCACCCAGGGACGAAGAACCGAGCCUGGCGACAGAGGAUCAGGCGAGACCCUGGAUUCCCGUCGGGCCUUCAAAUCCCUGGUGGAGAGAUGGGAGGACAGGCACACUCUGGAUCUGCUGGUGCUACCAGGGGUGGUAAAGGAGACUCUACUGGAUCUGGUGAGGGAGUCUGGGCUGGGAUCCAACCCCGGCCCUGGGGGCUCGAACCUCAGUCUUGGGGGGUCUAGAGACAGAGCGGGUCUAAUGGACACUGAUAGCCAGAGACGAUGGGACAACCAGUCAGGCUUGGACAUACUAAAACUUAUGGAUACCAGAGUAGGGACCAGAGCUGGAGAGGCUAGGGACAUAGAGGGAAUGCAGGAGAUUUCCACAUCAAGGAGAAAACCUCCUGUAAAUUCCACCCACAACCAAGACCCUGGUCUACGGAAUAUUGGGCAGCUUUCUCAACAAAAGACGUUCACUAGCUUACAUGUACAAGAACGAGAGAUGGGCAAAGAUGGGUCACAGAGAGCGAUAGAGAAAGACGCAGCACCUCGACUUCCCAUCUUCCACUCUUUCCUUCAAACCGAGGAGGAGGGGCAAGGAUGUUCCCAACAGGAGGUAGAGGAUGAAGAACAGGGGGAGGAAGGAGAGGGGGAGAUGUUGUCAGUAGGGAGUAGGGAGGAGUUUGGGCUCUUGCUGAAGUUCUUCACGGCUAUGGGCUAUGCAGAAGAUGUGGUAAUGAGGGUCCUGGCCCAGACCGGACCCAGAGAAGUCUCCCAGAUUCUGGACCUGGUCCAGCAAGAACAUGACCGGACCGGUCUGGCCAUGAACCGCCCAGUGGAGAUGGAGCACACAGAGGUAGAGGAGAGGGAAGGUAAAGGAGUGAGAGGAAAGAGAAGCGGUAUGGAUGGAGGGAUGGGAGUGGAGCUGGAGGGAGGUGUAGAAGAAGGGGCGGGGAGUAGAGAGGAGGGGAGAAAAGGCAGGGAGAGUGGAGGGUCUACCGCUAACCUGUCUGAGGAUUCACUGAAGGAAGGCAGGGAGAGCGUCGAGGGCGGCAUGGAGGGAGGCGAAGGGGGGAACGAGGAGGAUUUUGUCCUGGGAGUUGUGAAGAGGGCCGCAGCCAGUUGUGGAUACACAGAGGAGAAGGUAGCAGAAGUGUACAGUAUGUUACCUGAACUGUCCACACGCCAGCUACUCCUGGAGCUACAGAGGGAGGGAGCCAGAGAGACAGAAGCUGCAUCCCAGGACCAGGUACGAGACGAACCAAGAGAGGUGGAUGAGGCUGUCUCAGAGCUACAUAGAAAGGACAGAGCAGGAGACAGGAAGGAGGAGAGAGGUAGAGAGAUGGAGGCACCAGCACCGCAGUCCACUGCUACUGAGAAGAGAGGAGAAGAAAGAAAGAGUGUGAAAGGAAAGAGUGAAAGGAAGACCAAUGAGGUAGGAGUGACCGCGCCGAACCGAAUCGGCGAUGGUACAGUUAAGGUUGAACCAGAUCUGGCUCAAUGGAAUGCCAUAACAAACCAGAUUCCAUUCCCGAUUCACAGUCACCAGAAGAAUCCCACACAGACACACACCCCCCAUCGAGCCAGCCCCCCUUUAGUCACAGGGCCGCCUCAGCCCACCUACCCCAACACACUACCCCCACAACCCACCUACCCCAACACACUAUCCCCACAACCCACCUACCCCAACACAUUACUCCCACAACCCACCUACCCCAACACAUUACUCCCACAACCCACCUACCCCAACACAUUACUCGUACAACCCACUUACCCUCUCUUAUUUCCCCAUCAACUCGUUUACCCUCCCACCCAGCCACCCUUACCCCCCACCCUUACCAUGAAUAACUCCUCAACAACCAGAGCGAAGGAGAAACGUGGUCUCUUUCCCCUAGCAGUAGAGGGAAGGGAUCUCCCAGCCCUAACAGCGGUGGCUGUUGAUAGACAAGGUCUCCCGACCAUGGCAGCAGGGGCUGUGGUGACAGGGCAACAGCGCUUCAUGGAAGGCCUCCAGACUCCAUUUGACCUCAAGCUGACCGACCAACCAGGAGACCCGGGACUCAGGAUGGUCAUUAUCGACGGGAGCAAUGUUGCGAUGAGUCACGGGCUGGGACAUUUCUUUUCGUGCCGAGGCAUCGCCCUGGCGGUGCAACACUUCUGGAACCGCGGGCAUCGCAGAAUCAGUACCUUCCUGCCCCAGUGGAGGCAGAAGAGAGACCACCGGGGCAAAGAGCAGCACUACCUUAGUGAGCUCCAGAACCUGGGUCUGCUCUCCUACACCCCCUCCAGAGAAGUCCAAGGGAAGAGGAUCAACUCAUACGACGACAGGUUCAUGCUGCAGCUGGCCCAGAAGACCGAUGGAGUGAUUGUGACAAACGACAACCUCAGGGACCUGCUGGAUGAGUCUCAAGUAUGGUGCGAAAUCAUCAAGAAAAGACUCCUCCAAUACACGUUUGUGGGGGAUCACUUUAUGGUACCGGAUGAUCCGCUGGGCCGAGGAGGACCCCACCUAGAUGACUUCCUACACUCCCAGCACAGGUCUCCUGUCUCAGGCAGUCACUCAUUUGCAGGUGUGGCAUCCUCCUUCCACUCUCCCCGAGCGCCAAGGGCCCAGACAGAGGUCCUUCAGUUCCGUGACCGGACACCAGGGGUCGUUGUGGAGCCAGAUCCCAGCCAGGCCAGGGGGAAUGGGCAGGCUAGGGCUGGACGCGGUGGCCCAGGCAUGGGCCUUGGUCUGGGGCUGGGAGUGAAGAGGAGUGCAGAAGAGACCUCCAGGCUUAGGGAGAGCCUAUCCCAGGUGUUCCCAGGACAGGAUAGCAUGGUUACUCUGGUGCUGCAGUGUAAUCCUACAGUGACUGACAUCAAUUCAUUGUCACACUUUAUACUGGAGCAGGAGAGUGUAGACUGAGAGUAGUGUUUUUGUGUGUGUAUGUGUGUGUGUGUUCCAGAGAAGAAGAUGUAUUAAUGUAUUUUAUUUCAAUGUUUGAUUGAUAAGUCUCAGUUCAUAGACCGACGGGGCUAAACAUUGUUUCUUAAUCUAUUUAUAUCGAAUUAAGUUUGAAAACAGGACCAAAAAUCGAACCAUUUUAAUGGACAGGGGCGCAACUUUCACCGUUUUUUUUUAAAUAAUUGCACUGUUUUAUCAUUGUAGUGUGAUACAAAACGUGGUUCCAGUAUGCUUUACGGUCAUGCAAAAGCCUCACAGCUGUCGGCUAGGCUGUUUUCUGGUUUCAGCUAGCUGGAUUUCGGUCUGCACAGACAACACAGAGCAUGCAGACAGCAUGUAUGAAGGCAAAUCUUCUGAAAGGCUGGCAUAUAGGACCAGCACAGGAGAGAUGAACAGAGGCAGCUUCUGUCUGUGUUGCACUUUUUCUAAGAGUUGUAAAAACAAGCAGAACAGAAACUGGCUACUCCUUAGUUGACUGAUCUAGCUGUGAAGGUAACUGCUGUUUGACAGAAAUAAUAAUAUUCUCAGUGCAGCUAGUAGUGUAACUGGCAUGUUACGUUAGCUAAUGUUUCAUCACCUCUUGACUGAAGUGAAUGAACUGCUAGCGGCUUGUUAGCUCGCUAGUAUCUCCCACAGCCAGUUCAGCUCUAGCUAGCCUCUAACUAUCUGUCAGGUAGCAGUAUCUAACAGCUGUUGUUUGUUUCGAAAUGUUUUGUAGCUUUUGUUAUGUCCCGUUUCAACAGAAGUACAUUAAACUAUGUACUAUUCUACCAUUAGUUAGCAGAGCUAGCCAAAAGUUGGCUAAUGUUAGCUAGCUAGCUUUUUUUUGCCUAAAUCACAGUAGUCUUGAACCAACCGAUGAAAUCAGCGGGCAAAUGAUUGACGACAGAUAUUGUGAUGUUUUUUCAGCACAUUGUAUGUUUUUAUUAGUCAGUACAGCAAUGUAACGUUAUUGAUCUGUCAGUUUCCCUAGCUAAUUCCCUACUUUUCACACUGACACAGUAUAAACAGCUCUACAGGCUGCACUGUCAUGGUGCACAGUUAAUACACAAUACUAUGCUCAUCAUGUCUUGGCAGGAUCAGAUGGUGACAGGUGUCCCUGCAGCGUUAGACAGCCAUGGAAGACUAGUCUAGAGAUCUCAGGUGAAUUUUGCAGUAUAUUUUAACAAUCAGUGAAUAAAUACAGUUCCAUCUUGAGUUGAUGAGUAGGCUAGUCUGGGAUCUGGGAAUAAUGGUAAUUUCAAUUGUUUAACCAUUGAUUCUAUUCCUGGUAUAUAUAUCAUGUAUAAAUGUACCCCAAUGUAAUUCUUUGUCAUGCCUCAUCUGAGCGGGAUCAGAUGGUGACAAGGGUCUCAUCAGGGUCAGGUAGCCAGGGAAGACCAGUCUGUGACGGAGCUAGGUGAUUUAUUGCAGAUACAUGACUUCAUUUUCUCUGUGCAGCAAACACUGGACAAGCAAGACGCUUCAAAGAUUAUAACUAUUCUAAGACAGUCUGACAAGCCUUUAAAGUUGAUUUCCAAACUGUAUCAAGUGUUGAUAGAGGCUUUUCCCAAUGACAAAACAUGUAAAACAAAAAUGUGAGGAGACCUUAGAGACGCUAUUGAUGAUGAUGACUGGAUACAGAUAUGUUAGAAUGCUCCGUCACGUUCAUUUCAUUUCAGACAGAAAUUACUGCACUUUAAGACCAUCCGUGGAACGUACUAUAUGCCAAUGAAACUGAAUAUCAUGCACUCAGAAAUGUCAUUAUUCUGCUGGAGGUGUAAAACACAAAAGGGGACAUAUUUGCUUAUGUUGUAGUCUUGUGAAGGCUUACUGAAUUCUGGCAAUGACUAUGUUCUUUUAUCUCAGGAUGUCUACAGAUUCUCACUUGUUUUUGUUUGCUUGGAAAUGUUGAUACUGGAGACUAUUGUCAGAAGAAACUGUGUAACCUAGUAUUUAUAGUGGCUAAGAAAUGCUUUGCCAUUCAUUCGAAGGUUGGUUAUCCUCCCGAAAUGGAUCGAAGACAUGUCAAGUUAUGUUUCACUAGAUUGGAUUUAUUAAAAGAUUAAGGGUAUACUGUGCAACUUUCACACGGUCUGGAUUCCUUAUAUGGAAUACUGACAAAAGGAGUCUGUAUUGAAAGCAUGCCCACGUCAGGGGAGAUACCUACUUAAGUCAACCCUAGCUGCUAGGCUGCUCAGUCCUGGCGCUGGGGGUCUGCCGUAAUGUUGGUUGUCACUCUGGCCUUGGGCUAACAUAGCUGAAACCUAUAAUGAAUGUUUCCUAAAGCUGAGUGGAGUGUGUUGGUUUGGGGCGCAGCCGGAUGGUGGACCCCUAGGGGCAGGACCGGGUGACCCAGCUAUAUUGUGUGCAAGUAAAGAGAGCUCUACAUCACUAUUAGACCUUUUUUUUUUUUUUUUUACUAGGCAAGUCUGUUAAGAACAAAUUAAUAUUUACAAUGACGGCAAACUCCAGCCAAACCCGGACUACACCCUAUGGGACUCCCAAUCACAGCCAGAUGUGAUAUAACCUGGAUUUGAACCAGUGACACCUCUUGCACUGAGAUGCAGUGCCUUAGCUUUAGAUGCCCCCAAAAAUGAGAGGACCCCCCCCACCCACCACCAAGUUAUGCCCCUGCCUAAGGAUAUUACUGCAGAAAUAGUUUGGACCCUAUUAUUUUAAUGCUUUAGGCCACUGUUGUAUUUUGUGGAUGUGAUGACUAGUGUUGCUAAAUUCAAUGUACUUUGCUUUUAUUUAUUAAACAUAAUAUUACAGUAUGGUAAUAUAAAGUUGCUGAUGCUCAACUUCAAAUCAAACAUUUCAGACUGAAAAUUUAACCUCUCAACUUUCUAGAGUUUUCCCAGUUAGUGAACACUAUCAACGUUUCCCUUUACCGUGGGGAUUGUGAUCAAAUCAAUGCAAUAUUAGACACUUUCAAUGCAAAAUAACAAAACAUAAACUAUGCAAGAGAUUUUGGUAAUAAUGGUAUGGAAAUAAUAAUGCAUUUUCUUUUGUAAAGUGGUGUCUUGCAUCAGUCACCUUGUCUGAAGGACAAGUGGAUAAACUGGUUAAUUUCAAGCCCUGCAUGUUUUGGACGUACUAUGGUCAGCAGGAUACAGGAAGAAACAUGGAAGCAAGAUAACUGAUGACUAACACGUGAAACAAGCAUGCAAUGCAUACAUUAUUUUUAGGACGUGAAAAGGGUUCUACCAUUGUUAUAACCUAACCAAAAGCAGGUAUGAGCGUUAGUGGGCGUGAACAAGCUCUGAGAUGAGACGAAAAUAAUGGAGAAAGGUCAAGGGAAGCUAUUUUCAUAUAGAGGGAGGGGACCCUAUUCGUUAUGCAAAGACAGAAUCCUAUAAAGGCAGGACUCUGUAAUAUGAGAAUGUAGUCUCUUUCCAUGGAGGGGCUCGGCCGUGUUAUGUUUGUGAUAGGGUCCUUCCAUGGAAGGGCUCAGUUUUGCUACUUUGUAUUAAAGUGUAUAUUGAAUU